CCGAUCUCUUCUCGGUUUGACACCAAAGGCAAUCCAAUGGCUUCUUCAAAGACCAGAUCCAGCGCCCCUGUUAUCCCCCUUGCCCUUCAGCGCUCCCUUUCUCCCACCCGCCAUUCAUUUUCCCCCUCUCUCUCCACUAAGCAUUACAACUCUUCUCCUAUAAUCACUUUCGACUUGGCCAGAUCUGUGUCGCCAAAGAGGAAUCUGCAGGCUCGCUCACCGGUCCGUCCGGUUCCGCCCAAGGCCGGGCAGAGGGCAGCCGUUCCGUCUGGUUCAGCGAGGAAGAUGUGCUUGUGCUCGCCUAGCAAUCAUCCUGGCGCGUUCCGCUGCAAUCUUCAUAGGAAUUGCCCCUCUUCCUCUUCCUCUUCCUCCGCUUCUACCAAUUCUCAGCUGCAUAUGCGCAGAUCGGCCAUGAAAAACUCGCUGGUGAGAAUCGGCAGCGUUGAAGGAGGGGAAUGGAUGAAGAAAGCACUUUCUGCACUCAUCCGGCCCUCCUCUCAUCAAGUACGAAGGAGAACGUCGUUCCAGCCGCAGCGUAGCAGGCUCCGCCAUAUGACGACGGCAGAAGAUGCGGCCAUUUCCUGAGGUCUCGACCGUAGCCUGCUUUACGCAACUUACGCUUUGCUCGGUCGAGGAAAGCGCCACGGCAGCACAGCGGCGCGCGGCCUUUUGAUGUUCUGCUUAGGGUUUGGUCACAUGAGUAAACUGAUACAAAUUCUCAUUUCUUAUCAAAGCCUGGUGAAUUGCAUCGAUAGAUCGGAAGAAUCAGAAAAGCUAAAAUGUCCGCCGAGAGAAAGAGAGAAUUUUAAAAAGUUUGUAAAGUGUAUAUAAUAUUCACUUUCAAUUGCAUUUCCUGCCUGGCGUCAGGAUUUUCAGUAA